CUCUCUCUCUCUCUCUCUCUCUCUCUCUCUCUCACUUUGUGGUAUUGUGUUGGUUAUAUAGUUUUAUAGAGUGAGAGAGAGAUGGAGACAACACCAAAUCAUACACAAACUGUGGCAGGAUGGGCUGCUAGAGAUUCUUCAGGAAAGGUCACUCCCUUUGUCUUCAAAAGAAGGGAGAAUGGAGUGGACGAUGUGACCAUAAAGGUGCUUUAUUGUGGGAUGUGCCACACUGAUCUCCACUACAUCAAAAAUGACUGGGGAAUCACCAUGUACCCAGUUGUGCCCGGGCAUGAAAUAACUGGUGUGAUCACAAAGGUUGGGGCCAAUGUGACCAAUUUCAAAGUCGGCGACCGAGUCGGCGUCGGAUGCUUGGCGGCGUCAUGCCUCAACUGCGAACACUGCGAUCAAUCCGAGGAGAACUACUGCGAGCAAGCUCAGUUCACUUACAACGGCAUUUUCUGGGACGGUAGCGUCACUUACGGAGGCUACUCCAAAAUGCUUGUCGCCGAUAAAAGGUUUGUCGUGCACGUCCCGAAUAACCUGCCCUUGGAUGCGGUGGCUCCCCUACUUUGCGCCGGAAUCACCGUGUUUAGCCCGAUGAAGCGGCACAACAUGCUCGAGGCCGGGAAGAAGCUCGGGGUGGUGGGUCUCGGAGGCCUCGGCCAUGUGGCCGUCAAGUUUGGUAAGGCUUUCGGGCUCCAAGUCACGGUGAUCAGCACAUCGCCUUCUAAGGAGAGAGAGGCACGGGAGCUUCUCGACGCCGACAACUUUAUUGUCAGUACUGAUCCUGAAGCAAUGCAGGCCGGUUCGAGGAGCCUAGACUACGUUAUCGACACCGUUGCUGCAAAGCACUCGCUGGGGCCGAUCCUGGAGCUACUGAAGGUGAACGGAAAGCUUGUGCUCGUCGGCGCGCCCGACAAGCCCUUGGAUCUUCCUUCCUUCCCCCUUAUAUUUGGUAAGAGGGUGGUGAGUGGAAGCAUAAUUGGAGGGAUUAAGGAGACACAAGAGAUGAUGGAUCUUUGUGGGGAACACAACAUUACAUGCAACAUUGAGCUCAUUAAACCGGAUUACAUUAAUGACGCGCUAGAUAGGCUAGCUAACAACGAUGUUCGUUACCGUUUUGUGAUCGAUAUCGCUGCUCAAUCCAAUCUCUGAUUCAAUCUUAGAUUGGAUAAUCUCUUAUUAAAGUAUAAUUAUAGAGUCAUAUAUUUUGUAUCUACUAUUUGCUUUUAAUUAUGCUGGAUUUCCUAUUCUGGCUCAUGUAAACGAAUGAUUCGAAUUACAUUAUGGGUUCUUAGUACAGCAAUUGAUGCUGUAAUUGUUGGAUGGAGAAAUAGAUACUUGUUUAUAAUAGCUUAGUA